GCUCCUGCUCUCAAACUUGCUGCUCUUCGUCUCUCUGUUAUCGGGGAGAGAAAGAGCGGGGAGUGCGCUGUUUCUCUCUCCCUGCCCCAGACCCUCCUCCUCCUCUGGUAGCCCGUCCAUCUCAGAGCAUCGGCGGUGAGUUUUAUGGGGAAAGGAUCGAGUCCUUUCUCACCGCAGUUCCGUGCUUAUCCUGCAAACAGCAGCAGCAGCAGCGGCGGCGGCGGCGACGACAUCAUCAUCAGUCUGCGGCAGUGGACCGGGGCAGGAGGAGGAUGAGCGAGCAGGGCAAGAGUGCUGCGUCCACGCCAGCGAGCGGGACACCAGCCCCGGGCUCGGACACGUACAAAGGCUGGCUCUUUAAAUGGACUAACUAUAUCAAAGGUUACCAGCGUAGAUGGUUCGUGCUCAGCAAUGGACUGCUGUCCUAUUACAGGACGCAGGCAGAGAUGGCCCAUACGUGUCGCGGCACCAUCAACCUGGCCACAGCACACAUUGACACCGAAGAUGCCUGCAAUAUUGUUCUGAGCAGUGGGGGGCGCACUUACCAUCUGAAAGCCAGCACAGAGGUGGAGAGGCAGAGAUGGGUCACAGCACUGGAGCUGGCCAAGGCCAAAGCUAUCCGAAUGAUGAACAAUCAGUCCGAUGACUCUGCGGACGAGGAGCCCACCUCUCAGUCAGACCACAGUGAGAUCCAGGGCACUCUCAAGACUCUGGCCAGUAAGUUGGAUGACUUGAGCACAUGCAAUGACCUGAUAGCCAAGCACGGAGCGGCGCUGCAGCGGUCUCUGAGUGAGCUCGAGACCUUACGUGUGCCUCUGGAGGGAGGAGAGAAAAUCAAGGCUGUCAAUGAGAGAGCCACCCUCUUUCGCAUCACCUCCAAUGCUAUGAUCAAUGCAUGCCGAGAUUUCUUGGACCUGGCAGAGAGCCACAGCCGCAGGUGGCAGCGAAUACUUCAGCAUGAGCGAGAGCAGCGCACCCACCUAGAAGAGACCAUUGAGCAGCUAGCCAAGCAGCACAACAGCCUGGAACGAGCCUGGAGAGAGGCCCCUGCGCACGCUGUCAACACGCCCAAUACGCCCACCACUGACACGGGAGUGAGUGAAAGGCCCAGGAAAGAGGAAGCGAGUGAUGAAGAUGAGGAUACAGAGUAUUUUGAUGCCAUGGAAGACUCACCUGCAUUUAUAACAGUGACUGCCACGGACCCCUCUCAGCACAGGCGUUCUCAGAGUAAUCUCAGUGGUGCUAGCGGAGGACAGCCCAGUGACUGGAACCAGGAAGACAAUUGUUCUGUGAGCAGUAAUGAUUUUUCAGGGAAAGAGCUGCAGCCUCACAGGAAGAGGCGGACCCAGAUCCCGGAGAAGCCCAACUAUUCGCUCAAUCUGUGGAGCAUCAUGAAGAAUUGCAUUGGCAAAGAGCUCUCUAAGAUCCCAAUGCCUGUGAACUUCAACGAGCCCCUGUCCAUGCUGCAGCGCUUGACGGAGGAUUUGGAGUACCACGAGCUGCUGGAUAAGGCGGCGCGUUGUGAGAACUCUCUGGAGCAGAUGUGUCUGGUCGCAGCCUUCUCCGUCUCCUCAUACUCCACCACAGUGCACCGGACAGCCAAGCCUUUCAACCCUCUCCUGGGAGAGACCUAUGAACUUGACCGCCUGGAAGAAUUCGGCUACCGUUCCCUCUGUGAACAGGUCAGUCAUCAUCCACCGGCAGCUGCUCAUCAUGUGAUGUCACAGCGAGGCUGGACCCUGUGGCAGGAAAUUACCAUCGCUAGCAAGUUCCGUGGCAAAUACCUCUCCAUCAUGCCUCUGGGUGCGAUACACCUACAGUUUCAUGCAAGUGGAAACCACUAUGUGUGGCGAAAAGUCACCUCUACCGUGCACAACAUCAUUGUGGGCAAACUGUGGAUUGAUCAGUCAGGAGAUAUUGAUAUAGUCAACCACAGGACUAAAGAGACCUGUCAGCUCAAGUUCUCUCCGUACAGCUAUUUUUCAAGGGAAGUCCCACGAAAGGUCGCAGGGGUGGUGAAGGACAGUGAUGGCCAGGCCCACUACAUCCUUUCAGGUACAUGGGACGACAAAAUGGAGAGCGCCAAGAUUGUGCAGAGUAGCAGAGGAAGCAGCAGCUCUGAGGGCAAACAGAAGACUGUCUAUCAGACGCUCACACCCAAACUGCUGUGGAAGAAAUACCCUCUACCAGAGAAUGCUGAGAACAUGUACUAUUUCUCCUCUCUGGCUUUGACGCUGAAUGAGGAAGAGGAAGGUGUGUGUUGGACGGACAGCAGGCUGAGGCCAGACCAGCGGCUGAUGGAAGCAGGACGCUGGGACGAGGCCAACAUAGAGAAACAAAGGCUGGAGGAAAAACAGAGAGCCACAAGGAGGAGGAGAGAAGCUGAGGCCUCCAAGGCCGUAGAUGAAGGACAGGGCUUUGAGGGUUACAGGCCGCUGUGGUUCCACCAGAGGACAGAUGAAAUGACGGGAGAGACCAUCUACGUUUAUAAGGGGGGUUAUUGGGAGGCCAAAGAAAGACAAGAAUGGAGUAUGUGUCCCGAUAUCUUCUGAACACACAAAACAAUUGACUAACUCUGCAGAUAGACAAAAGAGGAAUAACCCUCUACAUGGACUAAUCAGGGCCUUGGGACUACAGAAGUAGUGGAGACAGGAUAUGAACACCUGUGCUGUUUGAUCUCUUAGAGAGUGUGUGUGUGUGUGUGUGUGUGUGUGUGUGUGUGUGUGUGUGUGUGUGUGUGUGUGUGUGUGUGUGUGUGUGUGUGUGUGUGUGUUUGCAGCCCAAUGAAAUAUAUCUUUGCCUGACUCUUAAACAGACUACUAAAAUGGGGGAACCAGGAAAAUGUUCUCUCAGAUGUUCACCUCAAAGAUGAGUGUGUGGGAGAAAUGCCCCGUUGAACUCUUCUAGCUAAGUGCCGCCCCAGUUUAUCUUCCAAAGCAAAUCAGGUUCUUUUUAUUCAGUACAACCCCAUCAUGAAUGCACUUUCCUCUCUUCCCAGCAUCUCUUACAGUGAAGUACACUGGACUGAGUCUUGUUUAUAAAGAGAUCAUAUCAAAGACGCUCCUCCCCGUCCCAUGCUGGCCUGGACAGCACAUGAACAAACACAUAUGAAGCAAAGAUUCAAUGCAACACAGUGCAGCUGCAACAUUUCUGUGAAUUAUCAGAUUGUUCAGCUUAUGUACUACGUUUAGUUUCAUAUCAACAACAAUACCAUAUUUGGGCAAAGGAAAUUCUUGUAUUUGUAUAUCCCAAAGAAUUAGGAGCAUAAUCAGGUUCUUUUUUGGACACACAGCUGAAGACUUUCUCCCUGGCAACGCCCACUUUGAAUAACUUUGAAUAACUAAUGACAGUUAAGAUUCAUCUCAUGUCUUCAGUUAGCCAAUGAGCUUCAGGCAAGCAUUAAAAGAGUCCCUGUGUCUGUUGUAUUGGACAGUGUAGGUAUUCUGACACAAAUGUGUUUUAAAUCCAUGAAUUGUCAUGCACAUUAAUAAGCUGCUUCCUGCACUGGCUUAGAGUCUCCAGUGGUUAUUAUCAUGUUACAGUAACUGCCACAGUAGAAUGCAUAUCAAUGCAAUUAAACAAAUUCUUUUUUAUACAAUCAGGAUACUUAAUGAAUGAAUGAACGAUCAACCAAAAGUAAAAAAAAAAAGUCACCCGCUUGACAAUACAAAGUGUUCUACUGAAAACACAAGCAAACAGCUUGCUGAUUUUGAUUUGUGUUUAAAAUAUGCUUGCAUUUAAUAGCAGUAGAGACAAUGGAUUAAAACACCCAAGUGUUCCUGAUGAAGGGGAUUGCUGUAUUUCACAUUACAAUGCGGCGAUAGAAAAGUACAUUGUAGUACAUUUUUAAACCUGGUAUUUUAGUGCCCCAUAACAGAAAGACCGAUUUUAAAAUUCUUCUGGAAGUUAUAAAUCAUCAGGACUCAGGAGUGAUAAAAAAAAAUUACGUAUUUCAGUUGUUUUGCUGAGCACUUUGAAACUGUAGACCCAUUGCAAAGUUGUAUAACUUCAGUUACGUUCACAGAAACAAAUCAACAGUCUUUGGUUUAGAAAGUCCUGUUCUAAGGCAGUGGGUUGAGACCUGACAUCUCUGGAGAUCAGUUCUCAAUUUAUUUCUGAUUGCUGUCAAAAAUGUUGAAUUAGGCUGGAGGUUUAAUUUGGUGCUCACACCACCAUAUGUAUUUUGUGAUAACCAUAAUUAUUACUAUUAUUAAGGAAACAAAAGUAAUGAUGCCAUGACAUCCUAAUAAAUGCUGUUUUGGUAUAAACCUGAACUUUAACCAAGUUUACUUGUAAAUUGAUCUUUUAAUUUAAAAUGAUCCAGCUAGUCAAAGGUUCAUUUUUGACAAGCUGUCAAUGUAUGAUUAUAAAUGUUAAUAUUUCUGAUUAAAACUCACUAACUUUUUGGCACUUUUUGUCUAUAUACUGUCGUUAGGAAUGUUUUGGUAUCAUGCAGAAUGACUGAAGGCAGUGUGUUGGAAAGUAAUGUGCCCACAAGAACUAUUUUUCAUCACCAGCAAGGCUGUUCUGUAUGAUUUUAUGAACACAGAGAUAUGUUACUACUUUUAAACCGUUUGUUAACGCAGGCAUAUCCUUAGUUUGUUUCCAUGUCAGCUCUAAAACAGUGAAUGAAGCGCAAUGCAACAAUUUAUGGUUUGUUUGUUCACACUUUCCCCACCUAUACAUGUAAAUGUCAUUUUCCUUAAGAUUAUUUAUAAAAAACAAAUAAAAGCUUACAUUUUUGUUA